UUGAAAAUGGGGAAGAAGCUUCGUAAUACGCGUAUGGAACAACGUUGAACAAGUUGAUGCUGUUGCUGCAAAACUUGAAUUUGAAGACCAAAUAAAAAAUUGGUAGCAGAAAUCGACGUCCCAAUUUCUCAUCGUAACGAACAAUCGAAAACACCUCGAAUCCUUUCGUUUUCUCCACUCAACCUUCUUGUUCGUUUUCUGAAUCGAUUUUAUUGCACCACAGCUAUGCGGAGCCAAAUUGUGUGCAAUGGGUGUAGGAGCAUCUUGGUUUACCCUAGAGGAGCUACCAAUGUUUGCUGUGCAUUGUGCAACACGAUUACCUCUGUUCCUCCUCCUGGAAUGGAAAUGUCACAACUUUAUUGUGGAGGCUGUAGGAUAUUGCUAAUGUACACACGUGGAGCUACAAGUGUGAGAUGUUCCUGCUGUCACACUGUAAACCUUGUACCAGAAUCUAAUCAAGUCAGCCAUAUCCAUUGUGUGAACUGCCGGACAACACUCAUGUAUCCUUAUGGAGCUCCAUCAGUCAAAUGUGCAGUUUGUAACUAUAUUACUAAUGUCAAUAUGACCAAUGGAAGGCUUCCCAUUCCUGGAUCAAGACCUAAUGGAACAACCAACUCUGGAACAGUAUCUUCUGCUUCAACAUCUCAGGGCCUAACUGUCGUAGUAGAAAAUCCUAUGUCUGUUGAUUCAAGUGGGAAAUUGGUGAGCAAUGUUGUUGUGGGCGUUACAACAGAUAAGAAGUGAUACUCAUCACAUUAUAAUAUUUUUUGUUAAAAGGAACAUUACUUGACCCAUUAUCAGUUGCUGGUGCUUGAAAAUAUUGUUCGUGUAUGUGAUGUUGCGGCCUGCAAUGGUUAAAUUGAAGUCAAGAACUGUCUUUCCCAUACAAGAUUUGACUGGUUUCAUGAAUGUAUAUGUAUACGAGGAGGACAAGUGAAAAGGGCACAAAACUUGUCAUUUAUGUGAUUGCCAUAGUUCACUUUUUGCUGCGUUUUUAUCUAUGGUCAAAUUAAUAGGUUCUUUCAUGUUAUAUCUCGAAUUACAAGUAUUAGAGGUGUAUUUUUUUUGGUGACCUGAUAAGCAUGAUCUGUUCGAAUGAUGUGUUGAUAUUUGAUAAUGAUUU